GCUGAUGAUAGACCCUCCCCAAACAAAUGUGGCAGCUGCAUGGAGAGACUCCACCUGUAACUGUACAAUGACAUGCACACAGUCCACAUCAGUAAAAAGGAGGAGACACAUCCACUCUCGCUGCUUUACAUAUUCCACAUUUUGAGAGGAGCGAUGAACCUAACGGCAAAGAGCCACUCUGUUCCGUUGAGCGAUGGGAAUUCCGUGCCCCUCAUGGGACUGGGGACAUACGGGGACCCACGGACAACACCUAAAGGCACUGCUUAUGAAUCUGUGAAGCUGGCCAUAGAUGUGGGAUACAGACACUUUGAUGGCGCCCUUGUAUACUUCAAUGAACAUGAAGUUGGCCAGGCGAUCCGUGAGAAAAUAGCUGAUGGAACGGUAAAACGAGAGGACAUCUAUUACUGUGGAAAGCUGUGGUGCACUUAUCACCCUCCAGCAAUGGUUAGACCUGCCUUGGAGAAAACUCUCAAGACACUUCAGCUCGAUUAUGUAGAUCUCUACAUAAUCGAGCUUCCCAUUGCUUUCAAGCCAGGAGAUGUCUUUUACCCUAAAGAUGAGAAUGGGAAGUACAUUUACCAUGACGCAGAUCUCUGUGCCACGUGGGAAGCAUUAGAGGCUUGCAAAGAUGCUGGACUAGUGAAGUCCCUGGGAGUGUCAAACUUUAAUCGCAGGCAGCUAGAGCUUAUACUGAAAAAGCCAGGACUGAAACACAGACCUGUCUCUAAUCAAGUUGAAUGUCAUCCAUAUUUCACGCAACCUAAACUGCUGGAGUACUGUAGGCAGAAUGGCAUUGUGAUUGUGGGCUACAGUCCACUGGGGACUUCACGAGAUGCAUCCUGGGUCAACUUAAAAUGCCCACCAAUGUUGGAGGACGAGGUGUUGGUUGACAUUGGCAGGAAGUACAACAAGAAUAGUGCACAGGUGGCCCUACGCUUCAAUGUACAACGAGGUGUGGUGGUUAUCCCGAAAAGCUUCACUGGCCAACGCAUCGAUGAAAACUUUCAGAUAUUUGACUUUUCACUCACUGAUGAAGAAAUGAAAGCAAUUGAAGGACUAAAUAAAAACAUCCGUUUUGUGGAGCUUCUCAUGUGGAGUGACCAUCCGGAAUACCCAUUUCAUGAUGACUAUUAACAGUGUUUCAGAUGACAUUUCCAGAUGACCUUACCAUCAGAUGAAUUACUAGAUGUGUAAUACCACUACUAGACAUGUCAACUUGGAUGUUCAUUUAUAUGUGUAAACAUUGUGUAAUUGUCCCUGAAUCAUUGUACACAACAAUAUAUCGAGAAGAAAUAUGAGCAUAUUCCUUUUAUCGUGAUGUAUCCAUCUUUGAGAAUAUCUGCAAUUAAUUCAGGCCAGGAUUACAUCAAAGUUUAAAGACUGGAUUAAUGUCAGUAUGAAAUAAUAGCUGUGAAUCUGGUGAUGUUAAUAAGUUAGUGCUACUAAUAGGCUGAGAAACAGUCAUGUUACAAUGGUUUGUGACUAAAAUAAUCGUAAUAACUGAACAUUGUAUGCUGUAACCAGAUAGCUUACAAAAUUAAAUAGCCAGGGUACAGUUAACUUCGAAAUCAUUCAAUCAAUCAAGGCAUUUUCUGUGUUUGUGAAUGUAACAUACGUGUUCUUGAAGUGGUAGUGUAUCUUUUGUAAGAAUAAUAUACUUGAGUCUGAAAAACAAA